AUGUGUCUCACCCUUACUCUCAAUCAUUUUGGGUGUGUCCACGAAGAAUCAUACGUUCGUCCAUGCGGGCGUGAUGGCAUUCGCUGCAAUAUGAUGUCAGUCCACACCUGCUAUCUAAGAGCCGAAGUGUGCCGUGAUUGUUGGAUGCUUCCUGACUUUAGACAAGCCCCUAGUUAUCAACCCGAGGAGGCAAUGACAGAAAAUGAUGUAUUGCGUUACCAGGACUGGAAUCUGGUAGCUGAAACACAAGACUUACAAGCUCGCCUCCAUAGCUUACCCCUCCCCAACCUUCUUAAUCAAUAUGCCCACUUCUACUCGACAAAGACAGUGGUAUUUGAUUUACUUAAUCAGAGUGCUUUGGGAGUACUUGAUGAGAUUGUUCACCAUCAUUUGGUGCCCGCUUUCCAGGCGCGUAUCAUUGACGGUGAGAAUGUACCACUUGCUGACAGAAUACAGACCCUAAAUAUUCGUCAAAUUCUAGUCUUAAAUUAUGCUCUGGCAGAUGCUUCUCAGACUUUGGACGACGAUGACUGGCGAAUCGCGAUGGGCUAUAGAGUAUUUACAAACUUCAACAAUUCAACACAUUUCACUCGUCUGGAAGACCUGCAAGCAGUCAUGGACGAUUGCGGUAUUUGCCGAAACCCUUUAAAUCACCAUGAUGAAGGAGAAAUAAAUCGUGCUGUAGUAAAGACAAUCUGCAACCAUAUGUUUCAUGAAGGUUGUUUGGAGCGUUGGUUUGUGUCUUCUGCUCGCGGCGACUGCCCUAUGUGCAGAAAAUUGCUUCGAGAAACGGAACUCCCACAAAUCCCCACCCGCCUAGAAAUAGAUGGACCUUUCCCAGAAUGGCUAACGAUCCUAAACAGGUGUAUCCGCCCAGUUAUUCCUCGUCCUGAAGCGACCACCCCUCCAGACAUGGUACGACUGCAACUCGCGUUUGUAGACGCACGUGAAGCUCUCGUAACCGCCAGAGAGGAAUUCACGCUCGCCGAUAGAAGUGUGCGCACAGCAACAGAAGCCAUCGACACUCGCGUAUUCGUUCCUCUGGAAGAUCUCCGUACAUUUCAAGAUCGAUUGUUUGAAUCCGCUGCGAAUAUCGAGGAACAAGAUUUCAGAGACUAUCAGUAUUCACUUCGUCAACAUCAAAGAACACGUCUCAUACGCGAGAAUGCUCUUCGUGAUUUGUUGCACAAGAGACAAGAGAAGGAUCACGCAUAUGAUCUCGCUCAGUCGAGAUACUAUGCUGCUGCGAGAGCGUUGAAGAUGGCGUGGGAUGUUGUGACAGCGCGGGUAUUAGAGGAAGUUGAGGAGGCUGAGGGAGCAGAAGACUCUGAUGGUUCUGAUGCUGGUGAGCGUGCGAUCGAACGGAGGAUGAUGAAUAACUUAUCGAUUCACUAA